AUUACACCAGAGGCUGGCAUGCCAUGCAUGUCUACAUUCCCUCAUCAUUCUGGUGAUCAUUUCUAGCCUCCAACAAGAACAAAUGAGAAUUGGUGUGUAAACAUUCGAAGAUCAGAUCAACAACAACAAUUAGCAACAGAGCAAUCGAGAUGACGUCGGAGCCAGUGCCUCCAGGGAUGUUGAGCGUGCGCGUGUUGCGGGGGAUCAACCUCGUGAACCGUGACGUCGACGGCAGUGACCCCUACGUCAUGCUUGAGCUGGACAACCAGAAGGUGAAGACGAACGUCAUCAAGAAGACGGUGAACCCGGUCUGGAACGAGGAUCUCACCCUCGCCGUCACGAAUCCAACAACACCGAUCAAGAUAGAGGUGUUCGACAAGGACAAGUUCAGCAAGGACGACAAUAUGGGGGACGCGGAGGUGGACCUGGAGCCGUUGUUGCAGAUGGCUCGGAUGGACUUGGAGGACAUCCGGAGCGGCACUGUGGUGCGCACCGUGCGGCCUCACCGUGGCGGCGCCGGAGGGAGCUGCUGCCUGGCGGAUGAGAGCAGCAUCGUGUGGGAGGAAGGGCAGGUGGUGCAGGACGCGUUGCUCAAGCUCAGGAACGUCGCCACCGGCAUCAUCCACCUCCAGCUCCGAUGGGUCAAAAUACCAUCAUUAUGAUCCAUUCCUUAAUUAUAUGGCAGCUCAAUGACCGACCCAUGUUUAUUUGUGUUGAUUAAUUUCUUCAUGCAUUCCGUCGUGCAUCCAUGUUUUGCUGGAUGGUCGAUCCAUGUUAAGUUUGUGUCGAUUUCUACAUUUAGUCAUGCAUGCAUGCAUGCAUGCACGACGUCAAUUUUCAUGUGUUCUUUGGGGCGUAUUUUUUAUGUGGUUAUUGAUCGAUUCAUACCAUACCUAUCAUGUUAAUACUAAGG